AUGCGUUGUGACCUUAUGGAUUGGUUUGAUGGCAUCUGCAAUUUGUAUAUUACCCCCGAAACUUUUGCCAGUGUGGAGAAGCUACUGCAACAGAUUUCCUAUUCCUGUAAUUCGAUAAAACAUACAACGCUGCUCUUCGAUGCCAAACUUACCUGGUAAUUUACUGUUCUUACCGUUUGCCUACCAUAACAUGUUGGAUUGUUGAUUUACGUUGAUACUUUCGGAUUUUUCUCUUUGAGUACAUGGUUCGCCAAAGAAUAAUUUUCGCUAGCGUCCGGUGGCCUAUCUUUUUCAGAACGGUAAGUCCCGUCACACAUCAGAUAAGUAUGGUGAGGGGAUCGUGUAAUCGAGCGUUGCCCAUGAUUCGGUCGGUUGGUAGGUUGAUGUGCUUAUUAAUCGGUUUGUCCGUCGUAUGGACGGGACAUCGAUGGCAGAUACUUGGGAGGUAGAGGACUUAUUUUUAGAAUAAAUAAAAGUUCGUACCCAGAAAUAUAUCAAACACUACAGCCAGAAGAUGACCGAAAUAAUUUUUACAAAACAGGGAGAAUGUAAAAAUGUCUCUAUGGCCUUCAAAGUGACAGGCAAGACUUCACUUUUUUGUACUUCUGACUCGUCGCACGUCGGAAAUCGGAUUGGUGUAGGGCACUGACUGAAAGCGAUGCCAAAUUGAGUAUCAAGCAUGUUCAGAGUCUGGAAUCUACAGCAUGCCAGUGAACUUUCGAAUUCUUGACAAAAACUCGUCGUUAGACCAAAUGAUUGGGGAAGUAUGCUUCGCAUUUUGGAAAUUGAGGGUAAAUGCGUUACUAGGGGCGUCAGAAUGUACGCCACAGGGUCUUAUGAUCACAUCUCUUCAAUCGUUUCCACCUUCAAGGAGUUAAAUAAUCCUCCCGCCUAAUUGCUUUUUACGACCAAUCGUAACCUUCCCGGCUUGCAUUCGCAUCGCGGGAACCCGGAUCGUGACCUUUCCUACCCUGAUAGUCUUUUUAGUAAAAGCGAUGAGGAUCACCGCCGUACCACGAUGGUUGGGGGCGCAGUGGACUUGCAUGCAGAUUUGCUUAUGGCUCACAUAAUUACUCCUGUCGUCGAUUGUAACCUCUCUCUCCCCUUAACUUUCUAGCACCUAAACUGCAACCCUCGCGGCCAUUCGGGUAGGCUACGGGCUGUUGCUAACAGGCCGUGAUGUCGUUGAUUAGGGAAGAACUAAUACAGAUUAUUUUACUCAUUGAAGGUCGAAGUCAAAGAGAAGCCGCUGCGAAACUUAGCGAAAUGAGUGAAGUUAGUAAGCUUGCUAAAACGUUUGAGCAAAAGGAUUCCAGUGGGAUGACGCACGCAGUGGGCAUUCAACCAGUCUCACCGACGAAGUCUCGCACAUUUGAGUUGAUGCAUGUUGUGCUAUUACUCCUGAUACGAUUCGACGUGUUUUUGCUGAAUGCAGCACACUACUUACCUGUUCAUCGUAAAGACUGGUAGGUAUACCGAACACAGUAAGUUGACGAGUUUCGUUGACAGUUUCAUUACUUUUCAAAUUAAUUUAGAUGUCCGGGAUGCCCCGUAGAGUAGAAUGAAAAUAAUUUGUCAUGAUUGCAAUGGCGUCUGUGAGGACAUGUUUUGCGAUAUUACCUGAACCCUCUUAGUACACAAUCUGCAACCACCUUUCCUCGCCAGCUGGCUGGUACCCACCUCGAGAGCAGCUUGGAAACCUUUACUUCCCUCUUUCCUCAGCUGGUUUCUAGUCAUCGAAUAACGGUCCUUUCAUCAAGAACUACAAAAAAUAACACCAUCGCCUGCCUGUGGGCUUGCUGAAUUCUAGUGUCAUGGUCGAGACUGUCUUGCAACGGUGGUAGUAACCCGUUUUACAAUGCCACUGACCGAAAUUCUGGGCUUCAUGCGUGGAUGCUGCCGUUGUCGUCAUCGAGUCGGAUCGAGCGUUAAUAUUAAAAUAACAUCUUAAUGCCAUCUUUGCAGACAUAUACUUCAUGAUGGUGAAGAGGACAACUAGAUGACCCUUCUUGAUGCCGUCGUCUGCUGCGAAGACUGUAGUGGCUUAAAAACCAGACUGACAAAUGUGACACAAGUACUGCGUUUCAGCAACAGCCACCCAGUCAGCGACAAACGCAGGACGCUCCCCCGGCGUGUCGAGACGUACUGCAGUGAACUGAGAAACAAAGUUGCGGAAUUUCGGUAACUUUGUGGCGUGCUAAAAGCAAGCGCAAUUAUGCCAACCGGCGCAUGCAAUGACGGCGCAUGACGGGAAAAUGGAUUCACUCAUUAGGCUUGCUGCUGGCCGCGGAUGCGUCCACGGAUGACGGAUAGUAAGAGCCUAGUUGUGGACUAAGCAGUAAUGGACCAGCAGCGACAUGUUUAGGUCACGGAGGCCCGACAUCUAACACGCAAACGUACUUUACAAUGCCGAAAAACCCGAUGACGACUCUGCGAUGUAGCGACCGGGAACUGCCACCAAAUAUGUUUGCUUGCCACCGUUGCCCUGUGGUUGAGUUCUUGAACUAAAGCGCUUGUAGAGACAUUUUCGAACAAGUCGUCUUGGUGGUUGUUGGAGACCCACGUCAAAUCGAAAUCUCCGCGACACCUGUGUAAAUUUUUCGAAACUGCAAUUGCGAUCCAUGCUUCGGCUUAUUACUCUUUCGGCAUCUACCCAUCCCUUCCCCUUGAUAAUUACAGCCCCGCUCUUUACCGCCAGCUUAGAUAAGUAAAAGACGGGUUUCAGUAGGCUUAAAAAUGCGUCUUCCCAAGCAUACGUUAAAAGAGGUCGUGGAGCCUAAUCGUUCCAGAAAUAACAGGGUUCGUCUUCAGAGGGCAGAAUGACACCGCAUUCUCCCGUAUUUAUCAGUGCUCGCGGCCGCGCUGUCGGUCAGAGGUUAUCUAUACGAUUAGGUCCACUUAUGGCUCCAAGGUGAUGAGCGCCGACCUGCAGCUAGAGAAGGGGACGGCGGUCGCUUUCCGCAUUGCCAUUAUGAAGGAAAUUCGCGUCGGCCUUCAUUUCUGGCCCAUUGCUCUCCUUAUUGUCCCUGCGUCAGUAUUGCCCUAUGCUUUAAAUCCUGCAGUCCCGUCAGUGGAGGUGUGUCCGUAGAGCCUAAUACUCCUCAGCGGGAGCCAUGCGACGACCGGGAGACGCUAUGCUUGUGUGUCAGGCCUCCAGUCUCCGUGUUCAACUAGUAUUGCAGUCCAAGGGUCGGUACGUGUCCUAUUUUUUUCAGUUUCCCGCCGCGGACGGCAAGGGAUCUAUGUCCUUCACCAUUCGCUCGUGUUCGUGGUUGCCUACCGGUUUCCGACCCAGAUUUUUGGCAGAAACCACGCGGACCCAACAGACUUUAUGUGGGACUUCGUUUGCAAGGAUCAGUCAUCGUCGUCCUGAACACUGUCAAUUUCUUUGUGGUGCAAUGUCAUCACCCUCUGACGGCGGAAGCCUGUUUCUAUCGAAACAUCAGGGAUACCAACCUUCAGUGGUAGAGGGGCGCUCACCGGUCGCGUUGCGGAACUUCCUCGUCCCGUUGGGCGGGACUGAGCCCCAGGUGUUGCAUACCUUGAGGUUGAGUGUGGCUUGCUGAAGACGACCAACAAGUCAGAAAUAGUCGUUGCUGUCUCCCUUGUCUCGGUCGGCAAUUUCAUAAACCUUCAGUCUUUGAGACCCCUUCCAAAAAGCAGCAUGUUGCAUGUGCGUAGAGGCAAAUGGAUACUGUCGCACGCGUACUUAGUAAGGUGAACUUAAUCCUGUGGUCCAACCCUCUUUCUGCACCCUCUGCCGUCUUCCCCACAUUGAUUGACCCACACGUUCGGUCGGGUUAUUUUAGGUCGUCAUUGCCGCUGAAGGAGAUGCGCCUCCUCUACCGCUUCCUGGUCUCCAGUAUCUUCAAUCUCCCCCCGGACCUUGAUUUGGUCGCGAUCUCCCCGAAGGCGAAGCAUAUGGGCAGGUAGGUUCCCUUUCAUCCUUACUGGUGGCAGACGCGCAGACUUAUACUGUGCAUAAUUUCUCGGGUCUGCUAAAGUUCCCACUCGAAUUUUGCAUUAGACAGCCUAGAAAAAUGUGCGUUUUCAAGUAUUCAUCAUUGGAGCGUUACAUUAAUACAGGGUUUUGUAAGAAAGUGGAAAGUACGGUAGGUGAUAUGACUUACGAAACAUCAACUGAAAUUCAAAAAUGUGCCUUCGAUUCGAAUGGACUAAUUGAGUAGCUUUACAAUGCGGAUUAGUAUGCAGCAUAGUUCCAAGAUAUUUAAUGCACGCCUGAAUGUCGGCCCUCGGAUGCGCGUCUUUCCGGCCACCUGCGAACGUUGUACUCGCUACAACACGACAAAUUCAGUAGUAUGCACCGAUUUACCAUGUCUUCCUAAAUUUGAGUAUAUUUUAUAGCGCGUAUGAAGCAUCAUCUCUCAUAUUUGUUCGCAGCAGGUUUCAUUUUAUGAUUUCCUACCUGACGAAGGGUUUUAUUUAGGUCUUAAAAUGUUUGUAAUCAAAAAAUUUUUUGACUGUAACAUGUUUCUUCAGACAGUGGCGUAUGUGCGCGUUCAUUAAUACCGCUUUUGCAGUACACACCAUGAUCUAUAUUUAUUAGCAAAUCUGAUGGGCGCUAGACGUUCUCUACCUUAUAAUGUAGAGGAGGUUUGACUGCCCUUCAGUGGAAACUCUCCGGUGCAUAAUUCGAAAACCCUGAGCACAAAUGAAGCUGCCUGUGGAGUUUGAAUUUUUUUGCGAAUUGAAACAAAAAACAUUUUGAAAACCAGAAGGGACUUUUUUCAAGUAAUGGAGACAGGUUUCUAUGAAGCGCGCAUAAGAAGGGUUUUUUGUGCUCACUUUCUGUUCAGUGUGUUUAGUUUUAUAAAGGCAUCGAAGAUUAAUCGAUACCUAAUGCAUACUACUUAAUUAGUAGUCCCAUAGCGAGUGCAAUGUUCACAGGUUGUUGGAAUAAUGCACAUUCAGAAGCCAGCAUCCUAGCGUAAGUGAAAUGUGUCAGGAUUAUGCUGCGUACUAAUUACUACUGCAAUUCAACUUGAGUAAUCCGUUCCAUUGGAGGUUUUAGUUGAGAAUUUCGGUUAAUGUCUCGCGAGUAAGGCCAUACACUGUUGGUGUCCAAUCUCAUCGCUGAUAGAAGCUAACAGGCGAGUUUCAGGAAGCAGUUCGGAGGCAGAGACUCGGACAGUCGAUUCGGACGCGGGAGUGAGAAGAGAUAGUGAGACCGAUACAAGGACAUCCAUCCUCAUAGCUGAUCAUUGCAUUCCUAACUAGUAAUAAAUCUGCAUGCACAACUAGCGGCAUAACUCGGCCACUCUCAGGAUUGAGAGUCAGACUGCAAUGGCUCCUUAAUGUGGCCUUUACGACACUCACCCACAUGGGAUCCGAACCCACCCCGCAAUAGUCUGUUUGGGGACCAGGUCGUGUGUGGCACGCGUAGGUGGUUCGUUUAGCCUUUUCGGCCACCCCACCAACGUCCAUCCCCGGUCGUUUUGACAUUACCUGGCCACCAGUACAAGGGAGAAGCGAGUGAGGUAGAUGUUACGCAAGUCCACCUCGCCAUAAACUUAUUCACACGCUAGUUUCCGAUACCCACUUCGUGGAGCCCAUGGUGAAUAGUCUGACUGUCGCUGUUACCAACUAGCAUGAACGUGCAACCAAUCCGAUUUAUUGACAUAGAGGUGAAACGGUCAGGUUUCUGUGUCCAAUUGGAAAAACAUGCAUGGACGAGGGGGAACUGAAAACAGCGUCUCUGGUCGAAAGGCAUGCGAGGUGUCUAUGUCAGCAUAGCAGAAGAGUCGGAGGUGAAGGGGACAAAACCUGGCUGUUCACCUGCCGUGGCACGUUGUUUUCCCGAUUGCGCGUUACACCAGCUGGCAGGUCUUGCGCGGUAGCUGCAGUGCCCUGAUAGCGGCCUUCAGAGAGCGUGACACAGGAUCGCCUAGACAUAGUUCAGCCAAGACAGGACAUGGACCAACCCCUGCAUCUGCAAUACUAAUUGCCCAAGGAGGGACUGGAAGCAGCCAUAGCGCCCUCCGACCGUUGCUUGGUUCUAGCUACGAAGUAUUAGGCUCUGCGGGCACACAUCCACUCAGGGGCCGUGGGAUUCAAAGCUGUCGCUUGUGCAUCCGCCUUUGAUCAAUAAAUGGGCAUACUUUGAAGUCACGGAUUGCCGCGUUUACGUCCACUGAACGAUCAGGCACCUCCAGGUGGACCAGGGCAGCGCUUGGAAUGAACUCGGUCGUAUGCUGACCAAACCAGCCUGAACAUUCUUUACGUCUCCUUCGCGAAAGACAUCUAGUCGUUUGGCUAAAAUAACCUGUUCCAGAAGAAUGAGCGAAUGAGUAGCUGCAUAUAAUUGAGGUCUUAAAGAUCACCCUUACGCUGUCCACACUCUUUCCGUCCCCAUCCUACCACAGUUGCUUCGCAGUUUUCACAGCAACCAUCCGGUGGCUCACGAACGAAGCUGUUUGAAGACUCUCCUCGAACGGAUCCAAACUCAUUGCAGGAGACUGGAGGAAAGAGCACACGAGGCCCGUUAUAUGUGCCACCAGUUUGUGCAAAAUGGCUAUCCAAAGCAUCCUACGCGGUUGCCCCCAGAGAGCCCAAACAUCAAAGCCAUCAGCGAUAUAGCAUUCUCUAUCAUUCAUCAAGGACGUUUCAGAAGCGACCGAGCGCAUUGCUGCGGAGUUAGGUGUCAGAAUUGCACACCGUCUCAAAGCCACUAUGCGCAGUAGGUUCAUCAAAAUUAAAGACCGGUUAAAGCCCGAGGAGCAAUUUGAGGUGGUGUAUUGCAUCCCGUGUCAAAAUUGUUCUUGUAACUACACAGGGCAGACUGGGCGCAUGCUCGGAUCGCGCAUAUACGAACAUAAGCUGGCUGUGCGACGAGGCGACGCAUUAUCACAAGUGGCCGCCCACACCUACGAAAUCGGUUACGAGUCUAACUUCGCAACCACCAAAAUAGUCGCUCACGCAGGAAACAAAACAGGCCGAGAAUUGAUUGAGGCCUGAGCCCCGGAUGAGAACUCGGUCAGUCGAUUUAUCGAUCUGGCGCCGGCGUACAGAGCCCUACGUAUUCACCUCCAGUCUUGCGCUGUCGGCCGAUGAUUGGCUUACACGUCCUAUAACUGUCGCUUGUUCUGGUGCUGCUACGAUCUCUGACGAUGGGCUCCUGCACGAGUUCGAAAGCUCAGGACAAUAAACAAAAUGUUCCGGCGCUCGACACUUCUUCUUUACUUCUACAUACACUUGGAACUUGAACUUUCGCCUUCACAGUUGCUUUUUUUCUACUUGUCACCUUUCUGGCAAUUCAUGUCUUCAUAACAGCGUUGAUGCUGCAUAUUGAAAAAGCGCAUUUACCCAAACUAACUUGACUAUUUGCCUUUUCAUAAUCAGGAACACUUUUUAGCAGUUCGGUCACCUGGUGUGGCGCGCGCUAUUCGGAGGUGGUUUAUUUAUGUUGCAGUUGCAUGUCAAUGUUUCGAAUUCGACUGCAACUGCGCAGUCGGUUGAAGAGCGAUUCUAGGUCAUUGUUAACAGGAAACUCCGCACUCAAGUCUAUAACCCAAGCUCGCGGCAUCUAAAUUCCUCCUGGGCACCGUACCUUAUUAAAGGUUCACUUUACGGGGCGACACUACGCAAGCAGUCCCCUUUUAGAAGAAGAAGAAGAAGAAGAAGAAGAAGAAAGAAAGAAAGAAGGAAGAAGAAAGAAGGAUGAAGAAGAAGAAGAAGAAAGAAAGAAAGAAAGGAGGAGGAGGGAGAGGAAUAAUUCCAAUCCUUUGAUGUUUCGGAUUCUCACUCAAAGCCAUCAUCAGAGACAACCACCGAUAGGGGGUAGUAGACGCGUGGGAGGGACAGUACUUAUGAGAUGCAGUUGAUAUGCGAUAGCAUACUUACUUGAACUUCGUAAUGCUCUGAUCGUGCGCCACCUAUCCGGCCUCGAUGAUGUCACGGGUUGUAGCCCUCCACGCUUGACGAUCCGUGGCGACGAAUCUGAACACUACCCUUUCCCCUCUCCACUGGCGAAGACCCGUUACCGGAGGCCCAAACAACGCUUGCAUGCCUUAACAAACUGCGUCGAGGCAAGUUUUGAGUCGACCUCUUCGAUGCCUCCAUGUAGACAGCUGCGCCAAAUCGCAGGCUACAACACUGAGUUCGUGAGGCGGACUACAAAGAACGGGCGCAAACCACUUCAGUCGUCUUUUUUGGAUGGUUUGGGAUAUUCUCGCGAUGUCGCAGCCAGUACAGACUGUCUCAUUUAAAACGAAAUCGGUGUACUCUGCUGGAAGGAUGGACCUCAGGCAGCGGUAGUCAGAUACAUCCAUUUUGCCCAUACAUAACAUAGUUAGCGACUGUCCAAUUCGUCAUCGGCAGUCGUAAUUUGUUGUAAAGCAACUGCGUCCUGUAAAUACUGCACUCCUCCUGUGUGUAUAUCUCUCGCAUCUGUGGCUGUCGUUGAUGAUGAAUUCGGAGUCAGAAUCCGAAUCGUCAGGCGAUUAAACGUCUUGUUACAACGGUCGCAUCUCAACGGCGUCCCGCAGCUCGUCUUUUCGCUCCUAUCAGCAAGCAGGCCUUUACAUAACUGCACUUUUGUUGCUGUGUAUCGGUUCAGGUGCGUGGGCUCACUUACAUACAGCACUUACCAUACAGCGCUUUCCUUCCACUGGAUUAAAUUAAUGCAAAUCACAUUCUGUGCCUAUUCACUUAACACUCGGAACCGCCACUUCUGUUGGUCUCCUAGGGUUGCGCCUAGAUAAUCGAGGACAUAGAUGAGAUGGUGCCGGCAAAGACAAGGGAGACCGGAAUGGCCAUUUCUGGCUUAUUAGCUGUCAUCAGCCAGUCAUACCCAACCCCAAGUGUGGAUCACCUGAGAUUCGAACCCAACCACUAGUCGCUGUGCGACUGCCUGCAAGGGUUCUAGUAUGAGCCCCAAGGCACAACGGAACGAGCAUGUUCCGUAACCUGAUCGGUGCGUGCCCACUGUCAUAAUCGAGGAUAUCUCUCAGGACGGCCACGCAGCCUGACGGCUGGCCGAAUCCUCCUGUUAGGUGCCUCCCUGAACAGAUUGCUGUAGUCAGGUCUGAAAACUAGCUGUUCUGCUUUUGGGGUAGACUGCCCCCCCCCUGAGGGUUUCUGAUUGUGCUGGCUCUCGUAGCAAUGGCGUCUGCUGUUCUAGCCUGAUGUCGCGCUUGAGUAUGGGCGCUCCGUUUUGCCUUGUGGUCGACAGUCCACAGUCCUCGCAGGCGAUCACAUACCAAUGUACAGACAGCAAUUGAUUAGUAUUACCGACAAGGACUGGUUCAACUCAUAUUGACCAACCUAUGCAAAACUCAGCGCCUCGGUGGGAUUCGAACUCACGACAGCAAGAGGGAGGCUUUAGUAUUGCCAACGCUCUAGCCACCUAAGCUACGAGGCCACACCGGAAGACGUGAGUUUAAUCACAUUUUAGUCAAGUUACCCGCCCAUCCAAAGCAUUCAUGAAUUACGUGAGCCUGGUAUUCAUCUGGUGGAUUCUAGGUGGAUUACUUAGGAAAUCCUGCUUGGUCAGUCAGCUUACUGUGUCAGAUUUGGUGGAUUCCAGACGUUGCAGUAGGCUGGGCGGGUAACUUGACCCAAAUGUGAUUAAACUCGCCCCUUCCGGUGGAGCCUCGUAGCUCAGGUGGUUAGAGCAUUGGCUGCGCCAAAGCCUUCCCCUUGCUGUCGUGUGUUCGAAUCCCACCGAGGCGCCGAGUCUUUCGCAGUUGGGUCAAUAUGGAUUAUUCAAAAUUUGCCAAAACAUCUAUGAAUUGCUUCAACUGGCAGGGCGUCUCGCCUAUGAUGGGCCGCCUUUCCAGUCUCAGGUCUGCACGGACUGGAGUCCAGACAUAUCUACAGUCUGCAUUUUCUUUGGCCGCAGUAUACUGUCUACAGUGUCUGACCUAUCGUGAAAUUUUGACCGAAAUUCUGAAGCCUGUAUAAGAGGUUACGUAGGGGAUGGUGUUAUUAUUUGGAGACGUCAGCAGCGCAACAGGGUUUCGCAGGUUAGCACGCCAGGGGACAGAACCGACCGCGCUUUUGAGGAAAAAUUAAGCGGGAGCCACGAAGACAUGCAGUGCGUGACCGAUCUCAUAAAAUGCUGGCCGAAAUUCUGAAAUACGUUUUGGACGAGGAAGGAUUAAUAAGGUGGCGUUGUAAUAUUAUGUAGCAUAAUCCUAUAGUAUUUCGGACUCGCCAGGAUGUCGGCUUUUGAAUGCACUUAUUUCUGAUCUCCCGCAGAAACCGAACUCGGUAAAAAAAAAAUGACUACUUAAUUACCAUGCAUUUCUCACUCCUAUUUUGGAUGGUCUUAUAAAUCCAAAUAUAUUUUGCAGAAACCAUGCAUGAUAAUAUGUUUCACUGUCUUCACAUUUUAUAGCCGAAAAAGUGUAUAUUUAUUUUUUGGGAUAGUUUCUAUUUAUGAGGUUUUUAUGACCGUACGAUGUCUAUAUACACAUCAUGGCACGUGCCCGUUUACCAAUGUUCCUCUUGAAGUGUACAACAUAGCCCGUAUCCAUUGCAAAAUUUUAAGAACUCUAUACAGUAUCUUCUGAAAGGCAUAGAGGAAUAUGUGAUUUUCUUUACGCGGGACGCAUGCAGCAUGUAGACUGAAAUCGCUAAACACUAAUGCAACGACUGAUGAGUCUCAAAAUUAUUCGGGAAUUAGGAAACUUUUUCAAAUCCUAAAUAUCUACUUUUUCGGGUAUGAAAUUUAGAGAAAAUGUGAUUUUCUACCAAACAAGUAAAAGAAAGCAUAUUUUUGUGCAUGUUUUCAAUAAGAUAUUUUUGAAUUUGUAUGACCAUACAAAAUAGAGGGGAAAAAUGCAUGCUUAUUAAGUAGUCAUUUUUACCGGGUUCGGUUUCUGCCGGCGAUUAGAAAGAAGUGUAUUCCAAAGCCGACAUCCUGGCGAGUCCAAAGAACUAUAGGAUUAUGCUACAUGACAAUUACAACGCCACCUUAUUAAUCCUUCCUAGUCGAUAACGUAUUUCAGACUUUCAGCCAACAUUUCAUGAGAUCGGUCACGCACUGUACCAUUGGCCAAAAAUGUGGUCCCUUCACACGCACGUGAGGAAGCAGGCACUUGUGGCAAGAAGCAGAAACCUCCCCUUACUCGUAGCUACACUAACUGGCCCAUCUCAUGAAAUGUUAAUCAAGAUUCUGCAAUUUGUUGUCGAUUAAAAAGGAUUACUUAGGUGGACUUGUCAUAUCCAUUACCCUGCAGCCUAAUCCCCAGUCACACCAGGAUUCCGCCUUUUGAACUAGCCGUCGCCUGCAAAAACCACACUCGAUGAAGACUGACCGCUGAUUUUCGAUGCUGUUAUAAAUUUAAAUAUAUUUUGCCGAAAAAAUGCACGGAAAUUUUCUUUCUUACAUUAAUUUGGUAGAAAGUUAUGCUUUCUUUAAAGAGGGGGGCAUCUUUUGGUUUUAAAAAGUGUGUAAUUAUGAGUUUUUUAAGACCGCAAAGCUUCAAUUUACACAGCAUCGCAUCUGCCCGUUUAUGAAUGCGACAACUGUGUGUCGUCGCGGAGAAAUUAAAAGUCACUUUCUCAGCAUCCAUGUAGUUACCGAUGUCAGCCGUCAUCUUGGUGUGGCAGACAUAAAUCUGGUCGAUACUAGUAAUAAUUAUUAAAAAUUAUAAACUGUUGAGCACUCGUGUUUUUACUGUCGGCAAGACAGGGCAAUAGAAACCCCAUACUUCGAGGGUCUUGUGCUAAUUUCCAGGAAGAUGAGGGUUAGGGUUAGGACGCGGGAUACUUACGUCUUCCGAAAUUGCACGCAAGCCUACCUGUAUUACCAGGGGCAUUCCCGUCCCUGUGUCUUACCGAACUGGCCAAUGAAAAAAAAUAUUCACGAAAAAUCUCAUCACGAGUAAGUGACCGACUUCUCCUUAUGUUAAUGCUUGCAGCUAUUUUGUACGCUCGCUUAUUGGUGGCGUCCAAGUAUUGGGGAGGCAGUGAGAUAUGAAAAUGAGGAAACACCCAAAAAGAAACUCCCGACAUCGGCAAGAUUCACCGAAAAAGGUAUAAAAGGAAUGUGAUUAGUGAGGGCUUUAAGGAAAAAGAACUGUCGCUCAUAGGUCUGAACGAGACUGUGCCGCACUACUAAUGAGAGCAUAUGGGGGUUCCGGACAUUCGUCUUCUUCGGAGGGGAGGAAUUCUUAAUCACGCAGAGAAUAAUUCAAUAUCCAAAACGCCAUGUAUGCAGUCAUCAUACUUCUUUGCUGACAGGGCAAGGCGGUGAAACAGAAGAGCAAACCACCAUCGUCAAUAGCUUAGCUUAGGGGCGAAACAUGGAGUUGACGUUAAAUCCCACGAAGAUCUCCCCUGCAGCGAGCUCUUUCCCUGAUGAAAUAAAAGCAGCCUCAGUUUCUGCGUUUUGUUUGUUGUGCUUUCUUUCCAUGACCCCACUCAGUGUUGUUGCCUCCCUAGUUGUCUGAAUUUAGGGCUGAAACGAAGGAAUUAGAGCAGCCACUCCCCGCGGCAAAUGUGAUUCCGUGUGCUUUUGAGCAGCAGUUCUGCGAUAAAUAGCGAAAAAGACAAUAAUCCAAAGGUUGACAACUAUUUGGUGCACUUGGAAGAAGUUAUUGUACCUUCUGAGGCAUCAAAAGAAAGUCAAGGGAGAUAAUUCAUUUUAGAGUGAUUUUUCGUCAUCAACGCUUUUUUAAGGGGAGCUUUUUUAGCUUGCGAGCUUUCGGAUUAAAUCCACAGCUCAUGGUUUGUCAUGCGCCACAUUGAGCAUUCAACCCUCGCAGGCGACGACAUUUACCGCGUGCCCUGCGGAGUAGACACAACGCCGAUUGCGUGCGCGUGAAUUGUAGUGAAGUAGACUUGCGAAGCAUCUACAGCACACCCUCUUUUCUCUCCGCCGCCUUGGUCCGAUUGCAACAUAAUGUCAAGACGACUGGAGGUGAGCGAGGACGCAGCCCGUCUACACGUGCCGUGUGCGACCUGGUCCCCACCACACGUGCCAAUACCCUGUGAGAGCGACUCGUAUCUCACAUGACUGACAGGGUCGUAAAGGCCAUGUUAGGAGGGGCCACGACUUCUGAUAGCGCUUCAGCUUUAUUGUAGCGAGGGAUGCACUGACAUGCCUUUAAGAUGGAUUCCCAGUGUCGGCCUUUUUCUCUCUCCCUUCCCCUUUUCCAUCUCCCAUGUUCGAGCCGCUCUAUCAACUGGUGAUGGGACUGGGCACAUUGGCUGACGUCGCCUGUGGGCCAUAAGGGUCGUGCCAUAGUCCAGCGCAUCUACAGCGCCGGGCGUUUUGAAGGGGAUCUGCGCUGGGCGAGACCACACUGAACGCAAAACUAGGAACCGAGUCUGGAGAAGUACAGACCGUUCGCCCAGAGUGGGUUUGUUUUUCCAUCGAAAAGCCAAUGUUGUCAAGUCAAACGAGCGCAAACUAUCUUCCUUUUCUUGGCAUGUUCUCAAUUCAUGCGUUCAAUCCCUACCGAACACAUCUUCUCUCGCGUCACUGUUCAUGCCUUAGCAAUGUCAAUAACCUUAGUGAAUGGCUUAAUUUCGUGAACCUCCUGUUUUAGACCGCUUAAGGUCUGUCUGUUAGGAUUGAGAUCUGGCAAGACUAUGGAUGGGGGGGGGGUCUUGGAAGCGAGCUUCUGUUUUGAAAGCUUGGGGAAGGACACGGCCAUCCUGGAGGAUGCACCACGAUGUCCCUGAUCAGUCGCAAGGUUAUCGCUUUCGCUAUUCCCCUGUGCUCUUUUGAUGUCAUCCUUUUAAGGGGGGAAAAACCAAAUCGUUGGGUGCAUGCAGAGACCCUCCGAUCGCAUCCCAUUAACCCUUUGUAUAAUUGCUGAGCGCCACUUCUGUGGCAGUUGACCGGUAUUCACCUACGCACGCAGCCUGUCGCCGCACUUGGAGGCGAGAUUUAUGUCUCCAGCCCGCACGCUCGCUGUGUCGACUUUUUCAAGCAUAUUCAAAUCCUGCUCUUCGGUGGCUGGAACUGAGUGAAGAAAUGGUCUGUGUAGAAUGACUGAAGCAGGCUCUGCUCUGUGCUUCUUUUUGGCAAUCGCGCAUCCAUUCUCAAUCUAAUCCAACUGUAGAACUUCCUGCAACGCCCUUACUCACCGUCGAACGAAAGCAGAGCCCAAAACCCACUAGAAGUGCCUUGAAAGAUGCGACGUGUCAGUAGUCCCUACCCCUGCUUUUCCUCACACACUAUGGUAUCUGACCGUUUAUCAAUGCUGCUCACGAAGUAUGGCGUGACAUGAAGUACAUGGCAUAGUCCACGUUCAUAACAGAUUUUUAUGAGCCCUGCACCGUGUCUUAAGCGUACAGAAAUGUAUGCUUUUCCUUACACGCAAGGUAUACUGCACGGAGAUUUGAAACCCUGGGCGCAAAUGAAACUGCAGGUCGGCUUCAACAUUGCACGGAAAUUGUAAAAUUUCCCUGAAAUCGAAAGAUACCCCUUCUUUAAUCGUAAAAUUGGAAGAAGACGUAAUUUUCUGCCAAAUGAGCAUAGAAAGAGCACUUCUGUGCAUGUUUCCUAUGAAAUAUAUUUUAGUUUAUAACGGCAUCGAAAAUCAAUGGGAAAAAUUCGUAUCACACAACUGGUCAUUUUUUCCUGAUUGUGGAUUUUGCGGGCGACCGAAAAUAUCCUGGAAUUAUUCUGCACGAUAAUCAAUAUUACGACCACACGUUAAUAUUUCUCUUUAAUUAAUACCGCAUUUCAAAAUUUUCGGAUGAGGAAAGGGCUUUUGUUCUGGAUCAUAAGUGCCUGCCUCCUUACGUUCGUUUGAAGGAACACAUUUUAUGGUCAAUAGUAUGUUCUCUUAACGACCUAGUGUUUCCUCAAAAGCGCACGCCUUCCGCAAGAUCGGUUUUUUCCACCUAGUACGCCAAUCUGCAAAACUUCUUUGGACAGCUAACAUCUUCAAAAAAUAGACGAAAGUAUUGCCGAUGGAAGCGAACAGGCGAGUUCCAGGAAGCAGUUCUGCGGAAGAAGAAUAUGCGAUCACUGGAACAGGAAGUUUAUUGGCCUGACGUUUCGGAUUCUCACUCGAAUCCCUCAUCAGAGACGGUUGCAGAUAAAGGUCGCCAUAUCGGUAUACUCCACCCCUGUGUUACCUUAAAAAGUAGUAUCCUUUCAUUAUUUUGCCAGAAAAACCAUUUUCCGCUCAAGAUAUCGCCCAGAACAUUAUAAACAUUGACUUCUUUAAAGUAACGUCGAAGAGUCUCUUCCGUACAUCGGGAGAAUUCGUCCAACUGUUCUUACGGGACGCUAUUAUGAGCAGUUUCUCGCACCAAAAAUUAAAACUCUAAUAACAGCGCACUCUUAUGACCGCUCGACCAUCGCCAGUGAGGACGUCCAACGUGUACCGCACGGAGCAGUGGACGCAGCACCGGUGUCUUACAAAUGAAUUAUCUUAUACACGACAGUUCGACCGUCGGUUUCGACGAUGUCAAACGUGUGGUCCACAGUAGGGGUGAGAGCAGGGAUGGCGACUUGUGCGCAAAUUUAGUUUAUAAUGAUAGUGGACUUGCACGGCACCUACCGCGCUCUCUCCUCCACCACCUGGGCCGGGUGUCAAGACAGAGUCAAGAAGACCGGAGGCAGGGGAGGACGCGGGUGGAUGGCGCGGUCGAGCCCGCACCUUGGUGUUCCACUCCACACUCCCUGGUCCACACAACAGAUAGCAGGAUUUUUGAUUCACAACAUGGCCCCUUUGGAGGGCACGAAUUACCUUAUAGUGAGACAGACUUACACACUACCUACCGCACUCUCGUCCCCCGCCUCCCCUCGUCCACCUGGCCCCGUUGGCAAGGCAGUAUCAAGAGAACCAGAGGUGGGGGCGAACGCGGUGGCUGACAAAGCCCAACGGUCCGUCUACGCGUGCUACACACCUACCGGUCCCCCAAUAUUGGCCUCAUUCUCUCUUCGCUCUCUGAGCCUGCCAACCAGCUGGUGACUGAAUUAGCCUUCGCCUUGCAACUACGCCACUCUAAGAAUCAUAUGAUCACUGCUCCCGAGCUUUCGUUACACGCAGCCUCUGAGACAGCCAAUCACAGACGCCCACGGCGCCUACUAUCACUCAAUCGAGCUGACGCCGACUGACUUUCACGUGACGCUUAUUUAGUCGCGCCUACGUCGCCCUACUGGACGGACGUGCGCGCGCGCGCAGGUCCAGUGCCGGCCGCGUCCGGGUGGCCUGACCAUCACCUGGCUUCUUUACUGAAAAUACACUCCUCCUACCGGGCUCUUUCCCUCUCUCCUCUAAAACGGAAUUGGACCGUGAUUCUUGUGGCGCUCUGAGUACACACACACACACCACUGAUUAGAUGUCACAAUGUUAGAAUGUGUGAACGGUUGUCGACCGUGAUACAAAAAGUUCGGCUUUGUGCCAUCUUCAUCAGUAAGAUGUGGAUGUCUGUGGUUAGGAUGCCCGGCCGAGGCCCUCGAGAGCUCACGAUCCUGGAGCUCAGGUCCAACUUCAUGCUCCAUCAAAACGGCUCACGCAACUCCUCUGGUGUAGACAAGGUGUGGUGACCGCCGAGGAACUAGGUGAAGGAACGUCUGCGCUAGGACAUGUUGAUUGUUGUCGGGGAUUGGAAUUACUGUAUCUUUCUUGGAGACUUCAAACGGUCACUUUACUUGUCGCUUUUAGGCAUGAUCCUCGACGCGACAGUGGUGAAAUCUGGCCUUAUCUGCCUAGACGUUAUCGAUAAAGGCUUCGUGGGUGUUAUGGCAGGCUUCGUUUAAUUCACUUUGACCCAAUUGCGAAAAACUUGGUGCCUCGGCGGGAUUCGAACCCACGAUUGCAAGGGGAGGCUUAAUUACAGCCACCGCUCUAGCCACCUGAACUACGAGGGCGCUCACCGAUCGUUCUUACGGAACUCACUCGUCCCGUUGUGCCUUUGGGCUCUCUCUCUCGAGCCCAACCAGUAGCCGCGCGCCGGCGCGUACUAUAGGCCCUAGGUGUUCCAUACUUCGAGGUUGGGUUUGACUGGCUGACGAUGACUAGUAAGUCAGAAAUGGCCUUUGCGUUUGUCAGUAGUGCUAUUCAGCCUAAUGGCUUCCUACAUCGCCGCAAACAUCUUUCGACCUGGUAUUCACAUGAUCGUUGUACGGCUAUCUACCUUGACUGCACUCUAGCCAGCUCACGGUUCCGUAACUGGGCUCAUGAUGGUCAACUGGCUCAACUGGUCAACUGUCGAUGCCAAGGGUCACGCCAACUUCUUUUUUGCACACGCUUGACGGUUCACCUCUCAUCCUUCCCCAAGAUUUCUCAUGCCAGGCGUCAUGUUACAAAAUUACGGCAAUUCAGUACAGCCGAGACUCUGUGCGCCUAAAUCCAGUCCCGCUUUGCAGUCUGAAUCGAAGAAGGCGGUAACAACUGAUCAUCAUUGAGAUCCUGAGUUCGCAAGGCCGCAACGAGGAUUCUGUGGCUCACACACAGCCUUUCUGCAUGACUGAAUCAGCUCAAGAAUCCUACAGUUGUCUAUCCAGUCAGUUCGAACUAGGUCGCACCACGAUAAUUCCCUCCGCCAACUCCGGAAAAUGACAGUAUAAAUUCGGUUAGAGAUGAUCAGAAAGACUACUGGGUUGAAGCGGCGACCCCCUGUGGAGCAGGCCUCAAACGCCAGUGGCACUCCAAACUGUCAUGUUAUUAGCCUACUCCGUGGUAUGUUCUCUGCACUGUGAGUGACGACUUUGCUGUUGACAACUCGGCAAGAUUAAGCGCUGACGUGAGCACUUCUAUGACUAACUCAUCACCUCUUUCUCCCCUCCAGCGUAUCUGAGAACCGUGCAUUGAAUGGAGUACACUCACUGCGUAUUGACUGAGACAGUCUGCACGCUUUGCGACUGCAUCGCCAGGAUAUCUGAGUGCGGCUAUCCGAGAAAGACGAUUAAGGUUGUUUUGGCAUGUUCCACCGGAGAAGUUCAGUGUCACUGCUGUUGGUCCGGCGCCAGGGGGGGGGUCAAUGUGGUCUGCUUAAAACCCCGCCCAACAUACUCCGUCCGAAAGUGGAAAUGGUUUUUGAGCAUUUUUGCUUGGUCUGCGUCACAGGAGAACCGGAAGAGAAGCUCAACUUCUCCAGUUCCACUGACGCAGAUCGUCACGCGUGGUCGGGUACAAUCCACGACAUAGUCGUGACCACCAUUUCAGUCAUAAGCAUAUCUGAACUCAAUACGAGUUAGUGCAUUUCACUUCCGCGAGGGAAGUACCACAAAAGACUCUUGUAGCAGACCGGGCAUGAUCACGCGUCUCGGGCAGUUUCUGUCUGCUUUUUCAGCGCUGAUAUGUUUUGUGUUAAGGGUACCUUGAAGAAGGAGACACGAUCGCUAGAACAAGAGAUUUAUUAGCCUGACGUUUCGGAUUCUCACUUGAAUCCAUCAUCAGAGGCAGCCAGAUAUGGGUAGCGUGGCUCCAUCUUCACGACUGUUUCCUGAAACUUGCCUCUUUGCUUCUAUUAAUCCCUCCUAUCGUUGUUGGGCAAUAAAUUGGUCCGCUUAACGCUGUUAACCCCCUAUUCUCCCGGCAGGUUCGACCAAAGCGCGCCGACUCUAGUCUUCUUAUCGUCCUGAAACUUGGUUAUUUUUUUACUCACCAGCCAUUGGUUGUAUGGGACGGCCUAUUUAAGGAAUGGUGUUAUGCAUAUCCUGGAUUCAAUGGUAAAUGUCCACAUCUGCAGCGGCCCGCGUGGAGUCAGACCCUGUUGAAUUUCAAACACCAAUCGCAUGCCGUCAGACCGAUACGGCUUAUAACCUUUUUCCAAUGCGGCUGAAGAGCCAGCCGGAGACCCAGCUGUUGUCAUUGUUAGGCGUCAUCGACCUCCAGAAAGUUAAAACAAACGGCGCGAACUCUAGUUCUCCAUUCGUCCAUAAACCCAAUUAAGUCGUGGCUCGCUGGCGAUUGGUUACGUGUCGCGGUUCGGUGGGGCUUCCUGUGUAUCGCGGAUUCGAUGGUGGAUGUCUUUGCACACACCCCCUACGACACACUGACUUUGCGACGCCGGAUGAAACCUUGUUGGCCUGUGGGCAACAUUCGCAUGGCGUAACGCCGAUACUGCUUAUGGCUUUUGUAAUGUAACCUAUUUGCCGGAACGGUAUUCAGCCACGCAUGAAGGCGUUACCUCUGCGUGAGACUACUGCUUACUCAUCAGAUUGGAGAGUCCGUUUGUCUGGCAGUUAAUCUUCGCUGAGGACUGUCUCACUGUCCACCACCUGCUUAUGCGCCCGUUAGGUUGUUGACCUCCUGUCCUCCCGGUAGUUUCCAAACGUAACUGGCACUCUGUUGUUUUGCGGGUUCUUGUUGAUCUUAAAGUGGGCAGGAAAUCAAAGCCACUGGGGGGGGGGGCACUAGCUAGUUUCUGUCGACCCCUAACUUCCCACCGCCGACUGGUCAACCACCGAUAAAUAUGUUGGUCUUUUUUUCUGUUUUUGCUUACUCAGACACUGGCUUAUCAUUCCUCCUUGCCCUAUCCCGCUUUGUUGCGUCAUGCUUUUAGGUUUCUCACUGGUCCGCGGGACCUCAUUGGCCUCUGUGCUGCCCACCUCCCAGUCCCUACGAUCUUCCUGCCCGGACAGUCGGAUGCGGGCCUCCAAGUUGUCGCCUACCGGGCACUCCGUAUGACCGUGUGCCUCCUACUUGACGGUAACUGCCAACAUCUUGUGAUGGGGGCAUGAAAAAUGGGCCAGUCAUACUCUUUAGGAUUCUAGGCUAGCUUAAAGACUCCUUUUUCUUUCCUGACCUGCUGAUCGGCCUGCGUCGCAUUAUACCGCUCAUUCUGCGGGUCUACUUAUUCUGUCGCAUGGCAGAAUACCGAAAAAGGUAGUGGGGACUUGGGUGGCCAUUUCUGACUUGGUAGACAUGAUCAGCUGGCCGCAACCAACUCAGGGUCUGCUGGACUUGAGAUCUGAAGUCGAUUUCUUCGGUCAUUAAGCGUUUUAAAGUCAAACGCUCUAACAUCGUGCCAUGGACCCCUUGUCCUGUUGGUGGAAUUGGGAAUACAUACUAAGGGCUGAGGACGUUAACCGAUCAAGUUAGGUGACGUAAUCGUACCGUUACGUCUUGGUGCUGAAUAUGGAGCAGUAUAUUACGUCGCUGCCUUCCCGCGUCUGUCUACGCAUUCUGCACGGUUCUAGAGUGGUUACUGAAAGGGAGCCAAUUCCACCCCGUUGGGGACACUCGGAUAAUUAAAAAAAAUCCAGACUAAGUGAAAAACCGUUAGACAUUUCAGUCUCCUGAAUUGCCUCUAUCAAUCACCCCCUCCUUCCUCCUCCACAUGAGCCCGGUGGCAAGACACAGUCAAGAAAGCCAGAGGGGGAAAGGGCGUAGUGGCUGACAAAGCUAGGCAGCACUUCGACGCGUUCCGUACACGAUGGACUAAGAUUUCUCUUAAGCAUUGAGAGGACGUGUAGCGGCCAACUAUCAUGACCGGUCCGGCGUCAUUGUUCAAGACCUCGCUGUCUCAAGGUCAUUCAUCCCUUGCAGCGAGCCGUCCCAGACGAGCUGACCUGAAGCCACUCGAUCGACUUCAGCUCAUACACAAUUGCGUCCACACAGCGUCGCGGCUACCCAUGCGCCAUUUGAACGCGCCUGCUCCCGCAACCCUCAAAACAAGCCACUGGGACACCACCCCUCGGCAAAUGCAACACACACUGACUGGACACCACUUGAGCUUAGCCCACGAGCCUACAAAACUGUCUGCCGCUACUGUCCCAAUGACUCUCAGGCCUGACUAGACGCAGUCUACACCAGUCGCUAGUGACCACCGCCGCCUGAGAGGACAACUCCGGGUUCUGUGCACAGUAAAACCUCGCAUUCUGGUGCCUUCCUUCUCCUUCCAAUCUAGGAUUUGCCCUGAUAAUUGUAACUCAUAGACCACACAUUCUCACUGCUGUGUCGCUACAGACGUCCCGGAUCCAAACCGAUUGCGCGUGCCAUGAAGGCCACAGUAAGAACCAUUGCAGACUGACUCUCUGUCCUGAGGAGGGGACCGAGCUAUUCCAUCAAUUGGCAGUCUAACGGCGCUUAACGCAGCGGGACAGAGUCAAGCGCUUCAGAUAGUUUAUAGGCGCUGAAUGCCAGGAGAACAGUCCUCAGAGUCAACCUCACUAGCUCUCUUCUCACCUAGACACUUGUCCAUUGCCUGGGCCGGUCAGGUGCGGGAUUCGAUGCAAUGGCUGACUGAGCUGAAAACGGCCUGUCUGCGCGUGCCACACACAGCCCCCGUAACAAAGAGGCGGGUGUCUCGUUUCUCACAUGCGUGAGAGUGCCAUAUACAGUAAGUGGGCUAACUCAUGAAAUGUCGGCCGAAAUUUCGAAAUGCGUUCCCGUUUCGAAAGGGUUGUAAAACUAAUCAUCACGCAGUAUCACUCUAUAAUAAUUCGGUUACCUCAGGGUGCUGGCUUUCGAAUGAACUUCUUUAUGACUGCAUGCGAAAAUUACACUGUAAAAAAUGACUACUUAAGUAGCAUGCAAUUUUCUUAUUGAUUUUCGAUGCCCUUAAAAAUUCAAUUAUGUUUCAUGGAAAACAUGCAUAAAAAUAUCCAUCCUUCUUCCAAAUUUAUACCCGAAAAAGAAGUAUAUUUCGGCUUUAAAAUGUUUCUAAUUGUAAGAUAUUUUAAUAUAGUGAAAUGGCCGUUCAUAAAACGUCAUGUCUCUGCAUUUACUAAUGUGGCUUGUAAAGUCAACAAUAUGGUUCAAAUCCACUGCUCAAUUUUAUGAGCCCCACACGGUCUUCUCUUAAUACCGUAUAGAAAUGUAUGGUUUCCCAUACCCAGAAAAUAUACGACUUGUAGUUUUGAAACCCCGAAUGCAAUUGUAACGGCAGGUCGGGUUCAAAAUUAUUCGGGAAUUGGAAAAGUUUUUGAAAACCGAUUCAUACCCUCCUUUCGAGUAUAAAAUUGGAAAAAGACGUAAUUUUCUACCGAAAGCGUGAAAGAAUGAAUAUUUUUAUGCAUCUUUUCUAUGAAAUAUAAUUGAAUUUUUAAGGACAUCGAAAAUCACUGAGAAAAUUGCAUGCUACUUAAGUAGUCAUUUUUUGCAGAGUAUAGCCCUUGCCUUCAGUCGGGAAGAAGUUCAUUCGAAAGCCGGCACCCUAAGGUAACUGGAUUAUUGUAGAAUUAUGCUGCAAGAUGAUUAGUUUUACAACUCUACUUAAGUAAUCUUUUCAAAAUGAAAACGAAUUUCGAAAUUUCGGUUGACAUUUCAUGAGUUAGCCCACCUACUGUAGGUCACAUUAAGACGGAGCCAUUGCAGCCUGAAUCUCAGUCCACCAUUUGGCCACCCACGAAAACAAAUGGCGCUGCAAAGAUUGUGGUGGCCUAAAAACUGAAGUGUUCAGGAAGGCGAGAAAUACGACGCAAGUACGGAGAUUCGGCUGCAACCACCCAAUUAACCACAAACGCAACCGCGUAAAGGCGCCGUAUUGGCGUGUUGAGACGCAUUACAGUGUUCCGGAAGGUAGGGUUACUGAAUGAGGAUGUCUUCGACGAGGGCUCAAAGCGAAUGCUUACCCGCACAACUUCGUUAACCGGCGCAUGCGCAAACGGUACGAGAGACCCAAUCCAACUGGCCUUUAUAAUUUUGGCGAGCACUCACAUACGUGAAGGUCGUCUCGGAAACCGUCGGCUGCCUGCUCACUCCACUUGGAUGUGGAGUUGCACACAGACCAGAGGUAACUAUCAAGUGACAAGUCGUGAGGCCGAAAGACGCACUGCCAGGUAAGGAAACGCCCGGACGCGUUUUCCGUAUCUGGUGCAGUUUCUGACAAAACAACUACUUUGGUUGGAGAAACUAGGCGAUUGCUCUGGACGCGAAUGUCCAAUCACGCAGCAGCAGUGAGGAGGAACGAUACUCAUUUUCAAGUCGCAGCUCAUUCGACGGGACCGGACCGCAUCUUCAAGUUUGAUGAGGCCGAAAUUCUCGCGAGGGGCAACAACCGCAUGAGCCGCUUGCUGUUGGAGUCAUGAUUCUCCGGUCCUAAGUCUGUUCAAAUGCCCAACAACGUCCCAAUCCCGCAUUCUGUACUGAGACUUUGUUUGGGCAGAGUCAUUAGCCACGAGGGAAGGCGCAGAUGACCGACUGUCCCAGUGACAGUGAGCCAAAUGGCCGAUUCAUCAACAGCCAAAAAUCAAAAACGGUGGUGAAAUCACGACGAUGCAUGAUUGGGGUGUGGACUAACAAGCGAUCAUCACAUCAACUUUGACGCUCCAGCGAUGCUAAUCUCGCUAGGCAUGUGGUUGCACGGCAAUUGCGUCCGCCACUUACUUCACUCCUUGUGCUCCCACUAUCCUUACCUGCAACUGUCUCAGAUGAUGGGCUCGGACAAGACGUCAGGUCAAUAAACCUCUUGUUCCAGCGAUCGCAUCUUCGUCUUCUAAGCUGCCUCACAGAACUCACCUCUUCACUUCCAUCGGCACAGUUGAAGUCAACCCGUUUGCGCGUACCACGCACUCACACGCAGUACAUGGCUGCAAGACACCACACCAGCAUUCCACACGAAGGGCUACCGACAAAAAUAAGAUCACUAGAAUGACCGCAUCAGACCUAUUUCAUGUCUCCUUUGCCAAUAACCUUUCUAGUCGCGAGGCGGUCAUUUGUGUGGGUCCUCUACCAGAACAAAACGCAAUUGCGCCGUAUUCCGUGCCACAGGCAAAAUAGAUCGGUAAACACCAUCUCUCUUUAGAGCACACCAAACUGGCAGACGCGUAAUUUAUUCUAGCUUUCUCUCUAUCUCCCUCCCUCUUUCUCUCCCUCCCCCUUCUCUCUCUCUACCGACUUUCUAAAACUGUACAUUGUCUGGCGUAUGUGCGCCGGGCUAUCAUCUGGCAUCAGUGGGUUCUUAGACACUCCACCUGCACAGUAAAAGGAAUGCCGUACCCGCACAGGUCGAUGAGCCGCCUAGUGGUAUGACCUUGUGGCAACUUUAGUACCCUGUCUGUAGCUUUUUUUCUGGACCUAGGGAGGCGCCAGGUCGUGAAAUUGCUGUUUUAAAGUGCCCUCGUAAGCUUGCUUGUCCUCCCUUCAAUUGAUGUUCACUUUUGUCUGACGGCGAAUUAGGCAGUCGGGAGCUACCAAUGGAGUUCUUUCAGAGCUUUGAUGCCACCUUUGGUAUCCCAAUCACCGCCCUCGCGGUUAACUUGGCCCUCUCCUCUUCCUCCGCCUCCUCCACCUCCUGUGUGGUUGGUUCUGACGUCAGGUAGCAAAUUUCGGACUCUCUAAAAUGAAUUGUAUUAUUUCAAGCACCUACGUACCCUUUUUUACUUUAUGCCACUGCAUAAUUGCGUGUGUCGCUCGCGUAGUAGAUAACAGUCAGCUGUAUAUGACUUAGCCGGAUAAAAUAGCCCGAUUACUCUGGUCCUCUUCUCGUUGUCUUCUGUUUAAAAGUCGCCUUCUGCUAAAUUUGCCAGUUCUCUUUUAACUUCACGCAAAGUUUGGCCGGAUUGGUGUCCCACGAGUGCUGAGAGACCCUUUCGUUUGACAUUCGUAAAACACACACUUUUGAAGAACUUCUUGCUGCCUAUUUUUAUUCCCAAACGAUCCGAGCUACUGUGUCUCCUACAUCAACUUUCUGAAGGCGUUACAAGAUGGCUAUCUAGUUUUUUUUCUGCCGUCCCGGUCGACGGACCUCUUGUUUCUGGUGCCAAUGCCUUCACCGAUCAGGUUAAUGGGCAAAGCUCGUCCCGUUGCGCCCUGAGGUCCAAUCCGGAGCCCUCAGAAGUAUUCGCUCCUCUGCGAUCAGUUGUAUAUGCAUGGCGAGUGUACCGACAAAGACAAGGCAGACUGAGAUGGCAAUUUCUGGCUUAUCGGUCAUCGUCAGACAGCCAUGCCGAAUCCCAGGCCUGAAGUACCUGCGGAUCAAACCCUCAUUCUUUGUUCAGCGGGCUUUAUUAACGUUCUUUACCACUGAUCUACGUGCCCGUUGUCCUUUCGACUAAGAUCGGGAAUACUAUGUUGAAGGGGCAUUCACCAAUCAGGUUACAGGGCGUGAUUGUCCCGUUUUGUCUUAUGGCUUAAUUCAAAGCCGUCAGUGGCAGUCGCACAGCGACCAGUAAUGCAGAAGGAGAGGGAGAGUGAGAUUGUCAUUUCUGGCCGUCGUCAGCCCUAUUGUCGGUCGACCUUAGUCGCCUGCGUCUAGUUAGGUGCAAGCUCUCUUUGGAGGGAGCGGGGAUACUGGUAGCCAAUGCGCGCCACUUGCAAUUUAUCCAACUGUCCCCUGCGGGAACACUUAUAUGUCGCCUCAUCUGAUCCGCGAGCCAUCUGUCCUGUGACUGAGCCUCCCAACACCCGAGAUAGUUUGGCUAGAAACCACCGAGUCUGGCUUUAGUGGGUCGUUUGGCAGUUGGCACUUGUGACGCUAAAGUACAUAAACUCUCACAGCCUCGAGCGAGUGCGCCGGCGACGUAGUGUGCACUGUCGCGCUGUCAGUGACUCACCGUCUCAAUGCCGGAUUGCCAUUGAGUUACUAAAAACUGAAACGUUUCGUCUCGGAAUAUUCUCGGGCUCUAUUUGUAUGUGUCCUCCCCCUGUUACAGGUGACUUUGUCCUAAGUUCCGGAAGAGGUCAGAGUUGGGGUUGCGGCUGUGCCCAUACCCAAUCUAGCCAGCCUCGAUGAUGAUGUACCGUCCCAGGCAGUAGCGGCUCGACUCAUUCUCUUCUCCAGCGAUGGAGACGAAAUACCGGAGAUACAAGAACCACUUCCAUGUCUUGAUGAACCGUGUCAAGCCAGGUCGUGAGUUGGUCUGCUCUUCGACGUCUCCGGAUCGAGGACAGUGGCACUGACCUCAUGGGGUUGGCGGCGGAGAACGUGUCCUAAUCAGCUCAGUAGUCUCUCUUAGGUGGUCCGAGUUGCCCUCGUGAUAUUGUCUCAUUGAGUGCGGACUGUCUCGUCUACGACAAAGUGAGUAUACUUUAAUCGGAGGAUGGUCCUCAGGCAACGAUGGUCAAAGGCCUCUAGUCUUCGCUCAUCUAAGCGCAAGGCCCAGCAUCCACGGACGGAUGCGUGACACACGCGGAUCUUUAUGGCGAUGCAGAUGUCGCGCGUCAGAUCCAUAGGCACUUUCUUAGGAUUAGAACAACUCUGCGUGCAGCAGCGAUUCGGAAGACAAUGUCGCCCUUACUCCGCUCAUGGGACUGCAACUUCCCUCGAGGUAUUUUGAACUGUCUACUUCUUCUAGUUGACGGCUAUGAAUCCCGGGGGUUGCUCUCUGGUCAGGAAUGCAGCUCGAAAGCAAUCUGGUCCUCCCCAUCGUUUAUGGAUACACCGAACGACGUAGUGACUUAAUUCACCUGUGACAUCACAGGCUGUAAAUCGCUGGCAAGACGAUAUCGUCAACGUAGUCGAGAUCAGUCAGUCGGCGUCCGGGCGCGAACUCCACGCCUUCCGAGAAUUCAGUCCGUGGUGUAGUUGAACAGAACAGGCGAUGGGAUGCAACCUUAUCGAACACCAGAUCGUACAUCGAACGUUUGGGAUGGAUUGUUAUGGACGGCAAUUCUCGCACUGGUGGAGUGGUAGUAAGGCUUGGUCAUGGCGAUGAUUUUGAAUAGCACACCAUCUAAUUCUAUUGUUCGCCACAGGGACUCACGAUGAACAGGAUCGAAUGCGGCAGCAAAGUCAACAAAGCAGACGGCCGUCGGUUGCUGGUAGCUAUGGCGGCAUUCGAAAAUGCACGUCCGUGUCAAUACCUGGUCCGUACACCAAUUUCCAGUUCGGAAUCCGACUUGGUUGCGCCUCGUCCUAGAAUCACGCACAAGCUUGAAUGUCCUGAGAAAGGCACCAGUGAAGACCUUCGCACCACGUUGAUGAGACCUAUGCCCUAUUGAGUAGUCCAGCUCACAUACUAUUCGCCCGCACUACUAGACCGGGCUUGCGGAGCCCGUCAGUUCAGGCGGAGGCUGUAGCAUGGAUCGUAAUACUGUAUUCGGACACAUUUUCAUGAGGUUUCUUGAAAAAUGCGGGUACGGGCGGGUCUCCAACAUCCGCGCGGAUUGUUUCUUUGAAGUUGUCUCGUCUAGCGUUUUGACUCUAAAGCCUAACCACAAGGUAGCGGUGGCAAGCGAAUUCACUUAAGGGCGGAUCACGGUCACGAUAUCGCAUUUCCUCCAUCGGCCUCUGUGCCUAUUUAUAAAGCAACCGGUGAGCCAUACAGUAAGUGACCGAUCUCAUAGAAUGUUGGCCGGAAUUCGGAAAUGCGUUUUCUAGUUGAAAGGAUUACUUAGGUGAGGUUGUUAUAUCGACCAUCAUGUGGUGUAAUAGUUGGGAGUCGCCAGGAUAUCGGCUUUAGAAUGCACUUCUUUUCGACCUCCUGGAGAAACAACACUCGGUAAAAAAUGACUCCGCAACCCUGGUCUAGUAGUGCGGACGAAUAGUAUGCGAGCUGGACUACUCAAUCGGGAACGGACUCUUGGUAUUAGAUGCCAGAAUUUGCCAACGCUUCUGCACCCUGGUACCCAAAGUGUCACGGCGCGCAGUCGGCUGCCUGUCUGAAGCCAGAAUAUGCGACUCAUGCGUUAGGGAAAUAAUGAUCCCCGGAGUUUACUCUCACAUCACCCUGUACUGAUGCGGAUCAUUCGACUCUUCUUGGAGACAGGGCGUGCUUAUCGCCCUCUCGGAACAAACAAAACGUGCACUGGUAGAGGGGCGCUCACCGAUCUUUCUUACGGAACUCACUCGUUCUGUUGUGCCUUACGCGCUCUCUUUCGAGCCCAACCAGCAGCCGCACAGCGGCGUAUGAUAUAGGCAGAAUGGCACUACCGACAAAGACAAAGUAGACUGGAAUGGCCAUUACUGGCUUAUUAGCCGUCCACAGCCAGUCAUACCCAACCCCCAAGCGUGGAACACCUGGUCGGGGAAUCGAGCCCCAGGCGUUCCACAUUUCGAGGUUGGGUAUGAUUGGCUGACGACGGCUAACAAGCCAGAAAUGGCCAUUUCAGUCUCCCUUGUCUUUUUCAGUAACACCAUUCUGCCUAAAACGUGCACUACUUGAAUGGGAACCAGUCAACGACCAGAUGGCUUAUGUGUGACUGAAGGGUCAUUUUAUGGACAUCUAUGUUGUCUUCGUGUAUGCACCUGUUUUCGAGCGCAAAAUGUGAUCUCGGCUUGAUUGCCUGCGAAAUGAGCAGAAGAAAGCAUAUUUUUGCAUAUUUUCUACCUCUGUCACUGUACGUCAGCCCUCCGUACCCUGGUAGUAUUGUCGCUGCUGGUCCACGACUGCUUAUUCGCCAAACCGGAUAACCUUCACGUUUGGCGGCUAGCCUUAGUUGGGCUUAUGACGGUUAUUGUUGGUGUCAGCACUAGGAGGGUUAGGGUUAACGUUAAGACGCGGGAGUGAGAACUCCACUAGAAUUUAGCGCAAGGUCACCCGCAGUGCAGCGGGAUGUCCAUAAAACCGUGUCCGACCGCGUCUUUUUCCAUCCUUCGGGUCUUUUCUAGUAGAAGUUGAACUUCCUGCUGCCGCCGUGUUGAGACACAUGGCAGUCUCCCUUUUUGCGGCGUGAUAAACCUUUGAGACUGUGCGCUCUUUGCAGAAUUCCAUCUCAAUCACAUUAUAAAAUGGGGAUUGGCGCAUUUGCUGCUGUUAGGUAAUCCAUUUGUGAGCUCUCUUGCGGCACUCGACAUCUUGUUUAAAGCCUCGCGGUAAUGGCAAUUUGUCUUAACAUCGCCUGAAAAUGUUUAGGCUUUGUUUGCCUAGUUACUUUAUUUGGUGAGCUUAUUUUGAAUACUUAUCUGUCGCCUAUGGUCUGCCGUCCCAGGUUAGGGUUCGGAUACCAAACUUUACGACAUCUACAUUCCUUUGCCGGUCCCGCCGUUCGGUAUCAAAGGGCACUUGCUUAAGGACUUCUCUGGGGCUGACUUUUAGUGUUGCAUUUGUGAAAAACCGCUAUGUCGGUAAUAACAUACUGCCUAUAUCAUGCGCCGCUGUGCGGCUGCCGGUUGUGCUCGGGAGAGAGCCCAUAAGGCACAACAGAACGAGUGAGUUCCGUAAGAACGAUCAGUGAGCACCCCCUACCAUUGCUACGUGACAGUUUUUUAAGCCAAAGCUCUGCUUUACGAUUGCAGUUCCUGGAGCAAAUUACCAAUUAACGUUGAUCUGCGUGCUGUCUGGCUGUGCCCUAUUAAUUAAUAUUUAUAAGUGAAUACUACUCUAAAGUCAUUAGUAGACGUUUAUUUUAAGUCUAACUCGACAUCGCUUUCUUGUUUUUAAAUCAGUAUGGGACUUUCAUCGUCGUGUGGUCCUCCUCGAAAGUCCAGUGCCGUGACCCUCACACACACACCCCCUUCCCCCGUCCCAACUGCGGCGUCCCGCUCAACCCGUGGACUGUCCCCCGCCAAGGCAGAACGCAGCUUAAGUCCAUCUCAGCGCGCUGUCCUUUCAACCACAUCCUCCGCACCUCCCACCUCUACGUCCGCCUCGACACAAAACGUCAACGGGUCAUUUAUCUGCUGGGAUCCGGACACCUAUGCGGUCUACAGUAGUCUGCAUACAGUGCAUUUUAUCGGAGAUGGUGGAUGGCGCGCACUUCCGGCGGCUGUUCCCCUUCUCUCACUAAUCGCUUCUCUGCGGGAGGACACUUUUGCAUGGUAUUUCCCCUUUUAUAUGCUUUCGUUCGAAAAAUGACGUCUACCCGGCAAAAUAUGGGCAUGUGGCCAAACUUUUGGUUAUCCAACCGUUUGUUCGUUAGGAAGAUUUAGAAGCAAAUUAUGUUGUUCGUGCCCCCGAAAAACUGUUACAUUGGCAGGUUUUGUUGUUAUGCAACACCUUACUCUAAGCUUUUUUCUCGAAAAUUUUUCAAGUUAACCUAACACCUAGCCUUCAAACUAGUGUUUUCGCAUGGCAAUCCACGAUACACUGUGACAUUUACUGUUUCAAGGGAGUCCCUUCCAGUCGUACCUGACUUCUCCUGUCUGAACUGCCUUAUCACGACGAACUGAAAGUCGGGGCCUGGGAGAUCCCCAACUGACGAAAUAGCUCUGUCCUUCUUUGGACUGCAUUGGCUCUUAGUGUGGCCUUUAUGGCUUUUUAUGCCUGUGAGAUCCACGCCGCUUUCACAGUAGCCACGCGUCUGGACACUGUCUUGCCAUUCGAGCAAGAUGGAGUAGGGAAGUUAAAGUGUGGUAGAGGCUGCACACAGGUCUUCCUCACCACACAUUAAAUCACACGCAGGUCACCUAUCCCGCGCUCAGCCCGUGGUGGACAUCGUCGUUUGUCGCAGUCGAACUGUAGGAUGUGUAUAGCCGUCAACUUCGCACUCCUCUCCAGAACCUCGUUUACCCCCCUCCACGGUACCCCCGUCACUCACUUGGCGCCCGGUAAAGCACUGAAGAGGGGGGGGGGGUGGUCAGCUGACACUUGGCAGAUGACGGCCUCAUGCGCCCUUCAUCAAGCACCUCUUAAGCCAUACAUUCAUUCCGCAGGCACUGACUUUCGGUGGGCGAGUCUUAUGCCUGUGUUGACACACAGUAAGUGCGCCUUCCCAUGAGAUGCCGACUGAAAUUUUGGAAUGUUUUUCUUCGACUACAGAGGAUUAUUUACGUAGAGCUGUCAUAUUCUUACAUCAUGCAGGACAAUCCCAGAAUAUUUCAUUCACGUCAGGGUGUCGUUUUUUAAUGUACAUCCUUUCGGCCACCUGCAAAAAUUGCACUGUAAAAAUGGACUGUGGGUCAAUCUUUAGUUGCUCUUAAUGUGGUCUUUAUGGCAUUUCACGCCUGCGCGAUCCACCGCGCCCUUACAGUGGUCUACUAUGUGUGUUGAGGACUACUUGCAUGAGACGUUUAGGCAGACUCAUUGAAUAUUAAGCUGAAUGAGUGAGAGGUGGCAUUCUUCCCACGCUAACUCACAUAUCGAUCCAGGCAGACAGGAUGUCACUGUCAGUCCACUCGAUUCCAUUCUGCGCUAUCACAGCUGGUUGGGAAUCAUUCAAUCAGUAGACGCAGUGUGCACCCUUAACCAAGGCAUAAGAGUUCUCCUCGCGGUUAGGACCUUGUUGAGUCCCACAACUGUCCGUCGCCAGUUGCUAUGCGAUGCUCAAGACCUCCUGGAUUGGUAGUCAAUGAACGGGUUUUGCUGAACCAAUCAUUAUACGUACAGUAGGCGGGCUAACUCAUGAAAUGUCAACCGAAAUUCAGAAAUUCGCUUUCGUUUCAGAAAGAUUAAUUAAGUAGGGUUGUAAAACUAGUCAUCAUUCAGCAUACUUCUAUAAUGAUCCAGUUGCCUCAGGGUAACGGCUAUGGAAUGAACUUAUUUUCGACUGCAUGCAAGAACUGUACUCUGCAAAAAAUGACUACUUAAGUAGCAUGCAUUCGUCUCGUUGAUUUUCAAUGACCUUAAGAAUUCCAUCAUAUUUCAUGGAAAACAUGCACAAACAUAUUCAUUGUUUUCUUAUUCGGCAGAAAAUUACUUCUUCUUCCAACCUUAUCCUCGAAGGAAGGGUAUAAUUCUGUUUUCAAAAACUUCCACUUCCCGAAUAAUUUUGAACCCGACCUGCCUUUACACUUGCAUUCAGGGUUUUCAAACUACAAGCCAUAUAUUUUCCGCGUACGGAAAACCAUGCAAUUCUCUACGGUAUUCGCAGGAGACACAGUGGGAUUCAUAAAAUUUAGCAGUGGAUUUGAGCAAUAUUGUAGACUUAACAAGCCACAUUAGUAAAUGCAGAGACACGGUGUUUUAUGAACAGGCAUUUCACGGUAUUAAAAAAAUCUCAUAAUUAGAAACUUUUUUUAAAACCGAAUUAUACCCAUGCUUCGAAUAUCAACGUGGAAAAAACGUAAGUUCCUACCGAAUGAGCCAAAGAAUGGGUAUUUUCAUGCAUGUUUUUCAUGAAAUAUAAUUGGAUGAUUAUUUAUUUCGGUUGACAUCUCGUGAGUUAGUCCACCUUCUGUACAUCAGUGCACCGUGUUCCUGGUCACCGGCGUCAUGCGCAGGCCUGUCCUGGUUGGUCAGCCUGCUGAAGCAGCACGUGGACCCUAGACACCUUCCCGACUGCAGGCGCCGGCGAUUCACCUACCAGCGGGUGCAUGCCGACUCGCACGUGGCGUCCUCGCGUCGUGCAUAAAAACCAACUACUGGGCACUCGUUACCUUCUGAGCCGCCUGCACAGAUAUCAUUGACAUUGAUGACAGUAAAUAGGCCGGAAACGGUUAUUGCAGCAUCCCCCUCCUCCGCCCGGGUUUUGGUAAUCUCGCGAUAAGUUGCUGUGUUAGUCGCAAUUCCACCGCCUGCAUAACUGUUGACCGCACACCCCAGUCCCAUCCCAGCCUUUCGUUUGCAGCUAGCAUCCGCGCCAGGGCAGGGCAUGAGUCAUGCAGUCACCUUUGCUGCCUUAGUGAGACCACGGUCCGGUUUCGCAUCGCUGCUAAUGCUGCGCCCUUACUCGCCCGCCUGGAAUCGACUGCCCCACGCCGUUGGCCGGCGGCCAACUCGCGUUGGCAGUUCUCUACUGGACCAGCGCCUGUCACUGGUAUGUCCCACCACCACCAGCACCACAUGACUGAACUCGACCUUCGAAUUUUAGCGGUUAGGGCGUGCCUUGCCGGCGCAAGAUUGUCAGCUCGAAGACUAGGUGGAGCGCACUAGGGAUGGUUUGAUGCACGCGACUGCCACGUAACAGAAAGUAGCCUCGAUACGACAUGCUCCUCCGGCUUCCCCGAAUUCCUCCCUCCCCCCGUGUUUUCUUCUCCACCUCUUUUCAUUUUCUUGACCAUCUCAGUAUGCAUUCUGAUUUCCAACCCAACUUUCAGCCUACAGAGUCGCAAUUUCGAUGCUCUCUUGAAAGUCGAACCAGAUACGUGGAUCCUCUGUCGACGGCUAAACCGCCGCGAAAUGUACAUUGUAUUCACUGGCAAGAAAAUGGAUCUUGGUCGGGUGUUGGGUAUGUUCUUGUGUAUUUGUAACUGUCUUUCCCUCCUCUCUGAAUUUAUCAUUUUCUCCAGGCCUUAUGACAGAGACCUAUUCGUUUUUUUUGCGGUAGCCGUAUGCGCCAUGUACAUGAAAUCUCAACAGAAAUUCCGAAAUGCGUUUUCGUUUCAAAAAGAUAAAUUAAGUAGGGUUGUAAAACCAAUCAUUGUGCAGCAUAAUUCUAUAAUAGUUCAUUUACCCCAAGACGCCGGCUUUCGAACAAACGUCUUUCCGGCUACAUCCAAAAACCACACUCCGCAAAAAUGACUACUGACGUAGCAUGCAUUUUUUCAUUGAUUUUCGAUGCCCUUAAAGAUUCAGUUGUAUUUCAUAGAAGCCAUACAUAAAAAUGUUCAUUUUUUGCUGAUUCAGUAGAAAAGUGCGUCUUCUUUCAAUUUUAUACUCGAAGGAAGGGUAUAAUUUGGUUUUAUAAAACUUUUCCAAUUCCCGAAUAAUUUGGAACCCGGUCUGCCGUUAUACUUGCAUUCAGGGUUUCCAAAUUACAAGCCGUAUAAUUUCCGCGUACGGAAAACCAUACACGGGCUUCAUAAAAUUAAGCAGUGGAUUUGAACCACAUUGUUAACUUUACAAUCCACAUUGGUAAAUGCAGAGGCAUGGCGCUUUAUGAAGGGCCAUUUCACGGUAUUAAAAAAAUCUCCCAAUUAGAAAAUUUUUAAAAACCGAAUUUUACCCUUCCUUCGAGUAUAGAAUUGAAAGAAGACGUAAUUUUUACUGAAUCAGCAAAAGAAUGAAUAUUUUAUGCAUGCUUUAUAUGAAAUAUAAUCGAAUCUUUAAGGGCAUCGAAAAUCAAUGAAAAAAUACAUGCUACAUCAGUAGUCAUUUUUUACGGAGUGUGGUUUUUGGAUGCAGCCCGAAGACGUUUGCCUGUCCCCUUCUAUGUAGACCUGAGCACACGGCCACCUGUGUAGGCGCUGUUUAUUUUGCCUAAUCUGAAAAGCCGUCGGGCGUAAGUGCUGGUGUUUCUAUGCUGGGAUUGUUGGUGUGAAUUUGACGGCGCAUCUAGACCGGACUUGAGCCAGAGCAAAGCAUAUUUGUGGGGCUAGCGAAUUUGCAAUUGGUGACUGCGCCCUAACCCAUCCGCAGUCGUCUUAGUCUUGUCCUAAGAGGUUACAGUGAGGUCGGCGCUGUGCAAGUCACCGCCACAUAUAUUACGGGGAUUUUGCGAGUUACCACCGCUCCAUCAGGAUAGUCAUAAUGCCUCGCCGACUGUAGUAAACAAACUACAAGCUACAUCCUGCGUACUUCAUACCCGAACGUGGACCUUUUUGUUGUCCGGGCCUCGAAUAACCGUCGGUCGGUGCGCCGUAUUGUCCGUCCACGCCUGCUACACUCACCAACCAGAUACACCACAGUCUCAGAGUCCAGUUUAUGUGACUUCAGGGGUAAACAUUAGACACAACUCCGGUUUACCAUGCAAGCUGAUUGCUGUCCUUGGACUUUUUAUUUAAUUUAUGUCCAUUUUGCAUAAACUACUGCUUCCGGGGCUUAAGUCGUCGGAGAUGAGGAAGGCCAUUUCUCUUCAGUCGUUUCUCUUAUCACAGGUCUCACCCGGACCCGCUUUAUUAGUUGUCUUGUGCACAUGUGACACCGAAUCUAAUUAUCUUACGGGACGACUGCAGUCUCCCACUUUGCCAUCGAGAAUUUCGGUUCGAAGUCCGCUCAGACCUGAUCAUAGUGUAAGGCUUAUAGUCUCACUAGUUGUCUUGCGAGAUGACUGGUGUCUCGUAAUUGUGCGUAUAACUGUACGUCUCCUCUGGACCUUGUAGCCCUUGAAGCAACUGGUCGGAGAAGGAUACCGGCUUUGUCCGAAACUGAUAACCAACGUCGCCACGAUGACACCCACACUAGUCAUUUGCUAACCACUUACAUCCUUUCAGAGAGUAGUCCUGUAUAAGGAACAACCAUGAGGACUUUUACUCCUGAUGGAUGCUUCCUCGACCAGAUAUGAGCCAUGAUACAUGAACAGAGAAUGAUGGUCGCCUGGUUCCCUAGUUUCGGCUGACAGAAGAACCUUUUGGAAAUUCCUUUCGUACCUGCUCCUGUACUUGAUGAGAACACAUCAGUGAGCCCACAUUAACGACUCGAAAUAUGACUAUAUUUGACCGCCGUCAAGGCUGCAUUCUCCCCCUCCAGCCCUCCGUUUAUAUGCGAUAAGCGCUGCUCUGUCAAUCCGUGACAUGAAGAUCUUAAGGACUGCCAGAUGGGGAACAAUCCUUCGUCUUGAGCCUUGCCUCCGCCGACAGCAUUGCUCUAUGUGGAAAUGUCUCCUGAGGAAUGCACUGUCUCUUAUCUCCGUCGAUUAACCUACGACCGUAUUGUGUAUUCUCCCGCUACAGUAGUUAGAGUUCCGAGACCGUUAUACUUCUGGCAUGUUUCAGUUUCUCUGCCUGAUGCUGUUGUGUCUUAAACAUGAAAUUUCAGUCCCGACUGAGCUUAGUUCUCGUCAGUGACCUCUGUCAUCCGCACCGGACGGUCCGGUUGCGCGCUCCGCUGACGAGUUCGAACUCAUCUGCGACACUGCUUCUGCGAGCUUCAGUCUGAUUUCUACCACCACCAUUUGGCCAAUUAUUAGAAAAGGCGUCAGGUGGGAGAAGGUGAGGUUGAACACAUUGGUUUGCAAUAUUUGGAACUGAAGAGCCAACCGCAGAUUCGGCCGUUGUCAUUGACUAGCAGGAAAUUGUUGCUCUCAGCGACAUUGACCAUCAGAAAAUUGAAACGAUGCUGGCUCUAAUUCUGCACUCCUUUAUAAGCCUGCUUAAGUCGUGAUUUGCCGGCGAUCGGUUGCGUGGCGCGGCUUGGUGAAGGAAUGUUUUCUCGUAUGUCCCAGAUUCGAUGGGGAUGACUCCAUGCUCCCCUUCGACAUAAUAACUUGAGAUUUCUGAUGGAAGCUAAUAGGGGAGUUCCAGGAAACAGUUCAGAAGACGCCAUCGCUGGAACAAGAGGUUUAUUGGUGUGAUGUUUCGGAUCCUCAUUCCAAUACAUCAUCAGAAGCAGUCACAGAAAAGGGUAGUAGAGGCAUGGGGAGCGCGUUGUUUAUAGGACCCGGCUACCAUAUGUUUACAAUAAUUAACAGCACUGGCGUUUGUCGCUGGGGGGGGGGGGUAGUUUUUGAUUUGAUGAUUGCUUGUCAGCCCGUACCCAAGUCGUUAAUGGCCAUAACUUCAUCACCGUUGCUGAUUCUUGGCGUGACGAUGACUCAGCGGUUUGGCUCACUGUCACAGUGACAGCUGGUCGCCCCGAGGCAAAAUCGCAGCUCAGAAUAUUGAGGCUGUUGCGUUUGCUGGUCGACAGAGAGCCGCCGGACCACAACUUCGGCAGCUUGCGGCUCAUGCGGUUGUCGCCUCUUGCGAGGACUUUGACCUCGUCGCACUUGAAGGUGCGGCCAGUUCUGGGAAAGUGCUAGACGACAUCGGAUGA